UUUUGGAGACCAUCAAACAUGAAUAUCUACGAGGGUUGUAAAGAAAUUUUGAAGAUUCAAAAAUUUCGAAGACUUGUGUCCUACACUGGAUUUUAUUGCUUCGUUGCAGUCUUAAGCUACGCGUACACCAGCAAUACGACUAGAGCUGGGUACUCUCGAGCUGACCAAUUUUAUGCAUCGUACCCUGCUGGAACUGAACUCCUGACUGACACUGCCAAGUUAUAUAAAUCUGCACUUGGCAAUUGCUUUGAAGAGGAAGAGUGGGGACCAAUUGAAUGGUGCAUCAUGGCUAAACAUUUUGAACGCCAGGGGAAUUCACCAUAUGCGUAUCAUGCACAAUACGUGGCGCACCUUGUUUCCCAUGGACAACUCGAUGGAAGUGGCUAAAUGGAAGAAGAAUGCCGAUCCUACACUAUAUAUGAGUGUAAAGUCUCCAUCGUGUAUAAAUAUGAGUCUAGAUGAAAUAUCGAUGUCAAUUGAAAGCAUAGUUAUGUGUACAUACGCUUGUGGUGCUAGGACUUGAAACGGACAUCUUUUUGAUAUUUAAGAGCUGCAUCAAACUACAUUCUUUGUCUAACUGUGUUGCUUCUGUCUUACUGCACUGCUGAACCCCAUAUGAUUGGAAGCAGAUUGUGUGGAAAAGUACCAUACGUGAUAAUCGAUUAUAGGAUUUUUAGUGUGUACAUACGCUUGUGGUGCUAGGACUUGGAAUGGACAUCUUUUUGAUAUUUAAGAGCUGCAUCAAACUACAUUCUUUGUCUAACUGU